CAGCCGGUGCGCCCAUUUUUAAAGCGCCGGGCUUGUCUGCGGGCUGUAGGGACGAAAGCACUCGCUCGCAAGACAGCCGUGCACCUCACUUUUGACCUGCUCGUUUCGAACCGGCUGCGGGACCCGCUGUAGCGGCAGCAAGCGCGCCUGAAGCCGUGCUCGACGUUCGGGUGCGCGCGACGAUGAGCACCGCCGUCGAAACCCCACAACAGGCCUUCGGCGCCGACGCGCGCUCGUUGAAAGACUUGAUCGAGGCCAAAGAACGGGAACUGAGCGAGCUCGGCGACUAUCGAGUUUCAAGCUUAGAAGCCGCGGUCAAAGAACGCGACGAGAAGUUGAGAAGACUACAGGCGACAAUUGGGCGACUGAGAGAUGAUUUCGGCUACAACCUCAAACUAGUUGAAGAGAGAGAUGUGGAAUUAGCCGCAGCGGAGGAGGCUGUUAGAUGUCUGGAGGAUCGACUGAGGGAUUCGGAUCUGCGGAAGCGCGAACUCACGAAGGACGUCGCCGAUCGAAAUGAAAAAUUGGACCGAGCGGCACGAGCCUUGGCCGAGCGCGAGGCGACGUGGCGCCAACGCUUCGACGAGCAAAAAGAGGAGCUCGAUCAAGCUCGAUGGCAGGCGCAGGACGGCGCCCGUAAGAGUAGGGAGGUCGACGCGAAGUUACGACUAGACUAUGCCUCCAAGCUGAAAGACGCGGCUGACGACGCGGCUCGGAGCCGGGCGGAUUUAGAAAGAGCCUUCGAGGAGGCCCAAGCGAAGCGGGACGCGGAUCGGCGAGUUGCCGACGAGGCCUUGCUCGAGGCGCGGCGGGACGCCGAAUCCAAGCUGCAGGAGUCGAAGGUGCUGGUGAGGAAGGCCGAGGACCUGCGAGUCGAGGCCGAGCGAUCAGCGGAGGCCUCGUCGCGGAGAUGUGCGGAGCUCGAACAGCAGCUCCAAAGAGAACGGUGGGAACGGGAUGAUGAUAACCGAAGAGGCAGUCAGCGCGUCUCGGAGCUCGAGGAACGACUUUCAGCUUCGAAGCACGCCUUCGAGCGGUCGCGGGACGAGGCUUCGGAGCGGCGUACGGAGCUGGAACGACGAUUAGAUGCGGCCGCCGAAUCUCUAAGGAAGGAAUCGGACCGGCGCGCGACGGAGUUAAGUGAGUUGCGAGAUGCCCACCAGGCUUCCCUAGAAAAGACGCUCGCCGAGCAAGCAGCUUUGAGGGAUGCGUGCGUGCGCGAGGCUCUACGAGCCGAAAGGCAACAAAAUGAGGUAUUGAGGGAGCGUGCUGCGAAAGUGGCGAGCGAGGCGGUGGAGACGGCGCGGCGCGAAAGUCAAAGGGAGGGCGCCAAGGCGCUGGACGAGUUACGAGCGGCGACGCGGCGCGACGUCACGCAACUGGCACAAAGGUCGGAGCAGAUCGAGGGUGCGCUCGAGAAUGCGCAAAAAGAGCGUUCGCGAUUGGCCCAGGAGACGGCCGAGCUCCGAAUUGCGCUCGACACGGAACGAAGUGAAGCGUCGGCGAGGUACGGCGAUUUGGAGAGAAGAAGAAGGAGAGAGGUCGAGGCCGCGCGCGCGGAGCUGCCCGAGGGGUAUCGGGACGCGUCCGUCGAAAGCGAUUUACGAAAACAGCUUGACGAACUGAAGCUGGCGAGAAACCCGGAGACGGAGCGGUUGGAGGCGGCGCUGGUCGUGGCGAAGAGCGAUUUGGCCGAGGCUCGAGCGGAGCUUUCGAGAGAGCGGAAGCGGCGCGUCGUGGCUCCGUCGUCGCCCGUCAAGCCUACAACUCCAACUAAGUCGAGUGCCAUCGACGACGCCGUCGCUUCACAAGGACCGGCCUCGCCCUUAUUCUCGGACGACAACGGCGCCGUGUCUCCCUUGAGGUUAGAUAUUCCCGCUUCACUGGACUCGGAAGCUCGACCGUCGGCCGUCGAGGCGAGGCAGCGCGAGGUCAUCGCGGCCAUGCGUAGGGAUUUGGAGUUGUUGAGGGAGAACGCGGCGAGCGACAAGCAGGAACGGCAAAGGGAGGUGAAGCGGUUGCGGGACCGCGCGAACGAGAGCGACGAACGGCGCGCCGAGGCGGCCCGCGUCGUGGCGAAGCGCGUCGAGUCCCUGGAGAAAGAUGUGGAGGCUCGAGACGCGGAGCUGCGGGCCUUGCGGGCGCGGGCGCCGUCCGACGACGGGGAACGGGUCAAGCAAUUAACAAAAGCAAUUCGCGAGUUGACCCGCAAAAAUGAUGAAUUAAGGCGGCAGCGGGACGACGCUAGGGCGGAACUCGCGAGAUUGCAGACGGAGGAGCCUCCUUUAAGUGCGUCGAAGGAGCUCCGGUCCCUGAAGGCGCAGCUCGCGGCGCGCGAUGCCAAACGGGCCGCGAACCCGCCGCCGCCGCCGGAUCGGUAUUUAUCGCCGCCGCCGGGUGCCGCGUCGAAGGUGCGCGGGGCCCGGGCGCGGAAGGCGCGGGCGCCUCAGGCGCCGCCGCCGCGAAACUACAACGACCUGCGGAGGGCGUCGGAGGACGCGUCCUGAGUUUUUAAGUGGGUCCUUUUUGUCA